AUGUCAGAGCAUAGAACUCAGUCAGUUUAUUCUUAUCCUUCACCGGCAACAAAUCCUUCACCAAGAACAGAUAUAUCUUUACGAGAAAUUUUAGAUACAUAUCGUGAUAAUAAUGAUCUAUUGAAACAAAUUCUUGCAGCUAAGGCUGAAGAAGACAAGAGACGUGCAGAAGAAGAAAAGUAUAAAACAGAAGCAGUACGUUUACAAUGCAAGCAAGUGGAAUUAGAGAUGUUAAAAGAGCAAAAGAAGCCACCGACUAUUAUCACUGGAGUACCACAUACACAUUUUCCUGCCACUGCCACUACUCCAACAAGCGCGACACGCUUAUCACCGCCAUCAUCAUCUAGUCAUGGAAAUGAUAAUGUAUCUUAUAAUCACAAUGGGAUAUCUUCACAUAACCAUUCUUAUAAUCCAUUGAGUCAAAGACCUUCAUUGACAUUAUCCAUUCCGUCGUUCCCAAUUAUAACGGCGUCACCAACUACGAUGCAUAAUCCGCAUCCGUUCUCCACUCCUACAAGCAGUGUUCAAGAACAUCCACCUUCUGCAUCAUCUCAAACAAAUAAUUACUCACAAAGUCCUACCACAGGUGGUAAACGAUCCAAACCUUCUUCAGAAACAGAAACAGAAGGUGCAAAGGAACCAGGAGAACCCGGCAAAAAAGUAUAUGACGGUUCUUAA